AUGUCGGUUGGGUGGAAGGUCCUUUCUUUCUUCCUUGUACCCAUAACUAUUGCUUCAGUUGUUGUUAGCAAAGAUGUAGAUGAUGAAUGUAUAGCAUUUGAUACUUCUAGCCAACAUGGUCUAAAUGAAACGAAAUUGGACAAAAGGUACCUCAUCCACGAUGUUGAUCCAGCAGAGGGUUUUAAUCUACGGCGGGACGUCUACGUGAGAGUGGCAAAUAUGAUGAAACUUCUUCGAGAAAAACAAAACUGGGUGCUUGUAGUUCCACCUUGGAGAAAAUUAGAUCACUGGCGAUCACCGAUCGAGCAGAAUGCUCUUCCAUGGCGAACAUUCUUCGAUCUCGAGAGCUUAAACAGAUAUGUUCCUGUCAUUGAAUUCGAAGACUUUGUGAAAGAAACUGGCGAAUCAGGUAUAGAUGAAAUUCUCUAUUUACAGGAAUACGCAGAAGGCUGGGAGGAUGGGCAUUGGGAAGAAAAAGUCGAUGAUCGUGAUUGUUUAGACACUCCUGUUUACUACAAAGACCAAGACGGUUUUUAUCGAGGAUAUUUUUGGGGAAUGGACAAUGUAUUCGCGCGUAAAUUUAAAUGUGUAUCUGUGCAAGGCACUUCAGCUAUUUUAGUGUCUUUACUGGAGAAAACCAAAUCCAGGUAAGCUCUGUUUUAUUUUAUUUUAUAAUACCAUCUAUUAAAACUCAUCGCUUGUUUUAGGUAACCUUGAAUUGAAUUAGUUUGUAAUGUUAAUUAUGAGCAUCAAUAGCACUUGAAAUUGAUUCAUCUUCCACGUGCGAUCCAUAGUGCCAUUGCUGGUGUUUUUUCAUAGCUGCUAUAAAGCACCACCAACUUUCAUGGACUAUUGUCUCUAAAUGGAAUAAAAAGCCCAUGUAGCUAAGGCCGAAAUCCAGGAUAAUACCAUUCAUGUAUGGCUAGAAGGCAGACUGGUCUCAGGAUGAAAAAGACAAGAUCUAAAAUUAUUGUGGUAGAAAUAAAUCUAGAAAUAAGAUUGUUGAAUCACGCCUCUCAAUAACCAUACGACAAGAGGUUUGGCCCAACAAUUUAUUGAGUCAGAAUCGACCGCUAUGCACUGACUAACGCGAAAGGUCGUGAAUGAAUCAAUACACUCGCCAAACAAAAAAAGGCGCAAACCGAAGUCGGGGUUGUAUAAGAAAAGAGACGUGAAUGUGAGAAAAAAGAGAUAUUAAUUAUAGAGCUACAAAGAUAGUAUAUGUAGGAAUAUAGAUAUAGCAAUAAAAAAAAGGACAUGCUAGUGAGAACUACGAGAUAAAGGAAGAACCUGGGCGGCCAUGGAAUUUACUGCUUGUCUCUUUUGAGUGGAGGACAUUUCGAGAUAAACUAGAUAGGCGUCACUUUGCCAAUCACCUUGCCGCUGAAUAAGUUCCGCCGGAACAUUACACCGAAAGGCGAAACUCGCGCCGCCGCGACGAAAACUAUGGGAAGAGUAAUGGGCCGGAACUAAGCCGAUCGCUUGAAUGACCCGCGAAAGAAAUUGGGAAAAAUGGCGAUACGUGAUUGGCAAUAAACUGUGAGACGUGGGAGAAAAAACCCAGAAAAUCGGCGCAUGCUACGGCCCUGGAUUAAGGUGUAAAUGACGGCUUAAAGCCCUGACUGGACAAGGCGGGGAACCUUGGAUGCACGGCAAGGGAAUUGACAAAGAACGCUGUUGAUACUGAAUAGUCUUAGACGCUUUAAUAUGUAGCGAUGCCCCCUGAGAGGAAAAUUCUAAAUCAGCCCGCAAAGGAACUUUAGUUGAGAUGCGAUCUGCUACGUCGGGGACUAAAUUGGAUUUCCGUAAAAAGGUAAAGAAGGCGACGAGAAACCAAGCCCACAUGGCUGCAUGUAAAGGUAUAGCUAAAGUGAAAUGCGAAAUGAAAUGUGGAAUGAAAUGCGAAAUGUGAAAUGCGAGUACACCUGCAGCAAAAUUUCUGGAGUAAUAGGAUGUUUGCGGUUCGGGGAUACUCCGAGAUAGCGCUUAACACCUCUUAAAACUAACUGACGACGAUAAUGUGUGUCCCAGACCUUUCCGAAAACUAACAGCUGAUUUACAUGUUUAAGACUGCCGAUAUAAUUGAUGAUAGUCGCGUACGUUCGACCCGAAAGGGUGAGAUAAGCAACGUAACGAAUAAGCAAAUCGAUCUGAACAGGGAACGGAGAGGCACGGACGGAAUGACAAAACCUAGUGUAAACGUUAACGUGAGACUUAAUAUUCUUGUGAGUCGAUGGGGCGAAAGCCAAAUGAACGAAACGCUGAGCAAAGGCAUCUAAUGAAGAUACAGUGGUAAAGAUCCCUGAAAAAUAAACCAUAAAUGUCUGAAUAAUUGAAUUGAGGAAACAAACCCCCCAAAAAACUAUAACAAAAGCGAAAAAAAAUCAAUCAACGUCAAAAUAACAGAAGUCUCCGGGUAUCUCUUCGAAAACGUAACUGAUCCCGAGAGCUGUGGUCGCUUGGGCAAACUGAGUUUGAGAGGAGGUGUUAUCCCAACGACUCAAGGCAUCGGCUAAUGUGUUAUGCUCACCGGGAAUAUGCCGGACGCGGAGGUCAACAUCAUGAAGCGCUGAAGUGAACCACAACUGGCGCAAACAGCGCUACAUGAAAGGAUCCUUGGUGGAGCCCGAAUUGAUCACGGUAACCGCCGCCUCAUUGUCGCAGGAGACGAGAAAUCGCUGAUGUUGCAAUGCUGUGGGCCAGAACUUUACCGCGACAAUAACAGUGAAGAGUUCCAGAGCAGAGAUGUGAGACAAGGCGUGGAGGAAAAAAUCCGGGAAAGGGAAUAUAAAGUAUUUUCGAGGCACGUGGCUCCGCCGCGAGUCAGACAAGCGUCCGUGAUAUGAAACGAAAAUCAGCGAAGGACCAGUCGGCAGGCUUGAUAACCGAAACACCAUUGUAAAGGGGAAGAAAAGUUUGCCACCAAGCCAAAUCGUGACGCAUUUCCAACGUGACUAGUUGAGAUUUAGCGUUGGAAGGGAAACUACGCAAAGCGUUCAAAAGGCGAGAAAGAAAAAUCCGACUAGCGUGGACGCAAGCAGUCACGAAAGAAAGUUCACCGAGUAAAGACUGCAGUUCUUUGACGGUAAAGCGCACGCGUGACAACCACAAAUGUAACUCAUCGGAUAAUUCACGAAGCCGCGACUCUGGAACACGUAAUGUAAAAUCCUUGGUAUUGACGAGGAUACCCAAGCAAACCAUCUCAAAGGCCGGCGGUGAAUCUUUUUCAGGCGAAGAGGCAAAGCCUCGGGUAUCGAUUGCAGAGUAGCAAAGGUAUUGUCAGCCAGCGACGGACAUUCAGCGCCGUAGAAAUCAUCUACGUAAACAUCAGCGGGAAAUCCGGCUUUCGUGAAAAUAUAUAUGACGGUAUUGGUAAUUACCAAGAAUCACUCAACGUAAUUAUUGCACAAAUAUGGAAAUUUUAUAUUGCUCACUCAGUAUGAGAUCAUUCUUAGGUCAAUCCUGUAUUUCAACCUAUUUCCUGAUCCUGGACUGCCUUCCCGCAUUCCACAAAAAUUCUGAAAUGGUAUGGUAAUGAAAAAAUAACAACUCUGAAAUAACCGAUUUAAGGAAAAAAAUAACAAAAUGCUCUACCAUUCCUUCUUGUAAAAUAUAUUAUUAUGGUCUCUUACUUCUCAAUUGCUAGUUUUGAUUUGUGUUACUUUUCACUGACAAGUUGACUUGAAUUUCUUGGAAGGCUUUGAGAUAAAAGAAUUCUCUUCUCUCUCUCAAAGCACAAAAAAGCAAUUUUUUGGCCUCACAGGCAGGCAUCACCUCACUCCUUGUGAAUGUCCAGCCCUCAUACUCACGUUGUUUGUCUCAGACCCUAUAUUUUUUUUAUGCACAUGCCAUGUCCCUGGCCUUGAGUGGAAUAAGGUUACGUCUAUCUAAAAAUACCCAACACCAGCGUCGUGCAGAAUUAUUACUUUACUGUGAAAAAAGAAAUGACCUUUGGUAACUCCAAGUACAGAUUGAGCUUCUAGUCCUCUGCCUAAAUGAGUACAGAUAUCUUCUGGACAGUGACCGUCAGUUUAUUGUCAAAGCUAGGCAGAUCACAGGCAUUCCCAAUUUGAAAAGAUCCAUAGGGAUACCAGCCUCGGUUUAGUGGAAAUCAACCAAGCCCUAGCGCUUUGAGAAUCCAGGUACACCAGUCCCCUAGACACAUUUUAUUGUCACCACCCUGUCCAUAUUACCGUUGACAGUGGGGUCACUUUUAACAUGAUUUGGUUGUCCACUGUUCACAAGUUGAAAGAAGAGAUUUGUAAUAGUGCCCAGUGUACCCAUCAGGCUGACAGUUCCAGUUUGAAGUUUGGUAGUCGAAAACCUGGAUAAAGAGCUCCGAGCCAGUAGCCCUUUAUUGAAGUCAAAGAUAUCAUUGUUUGUCCUGCUAAUCGCUGAUUACCCUUAGUGAUGGUUCCUUCAUUACAUAUGGCUCUUCUGGCACUUGUUGUACACAUAAAUUUUCCUGUCAUGCUUUGGUUGUCCACGCUCCUACAAAUUCAACCACAUUACGGCCUAGGGCUAGAACUAUGUCAUGACUAUGUGGACACCGCCUCUGGUGAUGUAGGAACGUGCAGUGAAACCUGUAUUAAGCGGACACCAUAUUAAGCAGACACCUUCUAUUAAGCGGCCAGUAGCCGAAGUCCCCAAAUUUAUUUCCCUUAUUUUCUUCAAAUGAAACCUUUAUUAAGCGGACACCUCUAUUAAGCAGACGUGGACACCUAAAAAGUACCUGAAAUGGUCAUUUCUAUUGUUGCCAACCUCUGUUAAACGGACACUUGUAAUUAAAUAUUUCCUUCACCCUACAUGCUAGACACCAGAAAUGCGAAAGAUUGCCACCCACAAAUGUUUUGAUUUUUACAUUAAAAAACGUGACUUGACGAACUUAUUUGAUUAGUUUCUCAGUACAGUAUUGUUUUCUAUUUCUUUUUGUUUGUAUAGAACUUGUUUCACUCAUCUAAUUUCUUCAAAUUUGAGUUGCAAUCUAUGUUUAUGGUACUAUGAUCAAUUGGUCCACUUUAAUAAAGAAUAUGCAAACAUAUAUCGUCAUAGUCUCUGGGAGUAUUCUAAAUGUUUCCAGUGUUCAUUUGAAUGGCAUUUGACACCUCAUAUGACGUUAUCUAUCGAAACCAGUAUUAGGCAGAUACCCUGUAUUAAGUGGACACUACAGCAUUCCCAAAGGGUGUCCGCUUAAUACAGGUUUUACUGUACGGCAAGACUCAGCAGUCACUUAUGUACAAUAUUGAUACCACUGUGAAAGGUUUGAACUCAGGAGUCAUUUCAAAAGUAGGUUUAGUUUGAUCGUCCAGGUUGUUGACAGUGACUGACGUUUUGACAACCUGUGCGGUAGUCAUCUUCAGAGUCAAAGUGAGUUUUACACGUCAGUUGAUGGUAUUAUACUCUGGUUAUUGCUCUGAUUGGUCAAUUACGUCGUGAUGUUAUUGGUGGUCUGUCAGUUAAGCCGUGAUGUUAUUGGCUAUGAAGACUAGCCAAUAACAUCACGGCUUAACUGACAGACGACCAAUAACAUCGCGAUGUAAUUAACCAAUCAGAUCAAUAACCAGAGUAUAAUACCAUCAACUGACGUGAUACAACUCACUUUGACUCUGAAGAUGACUACUGCACAGGUUGUCGAAACGUCAGUCACUGUCAACAACAACAGUCCUAUUCAGGACUACUUUCACCNAUCAGAUCAAUAACCAGAGUAUAAUACCAUCAACUGACGUGAUACAACUCACUUUGACUCUGAAGAUGACUACUGCACAGGUUGUCGAAACGUCAGUCACUGUCAACAACAACAGUCCUAUUCAGGACUACUUUCACCCGGACGAUCAAACUCAACCUACUAUUGAUACCACUCUUUGCCAAAUUGCUACUGACCUUACAACUACCUUUUAUCAAAUCCCUCUUGCACCCAAGUUGGUGAAAUACUGUUCUGUGGGGUCCAGUUGAAUACCCAUUCAGUGAUGGGUAUGCCAGGCUCAGAAACUGCAUUGGAAGAGCUCAUGUGUCAUGUACUUGAAGAUCUUAUUCCAUGAAAGAGUUGUUGCCAAGAUUAGCAACAUAUCAAUACUGCGGUGCCUACUCACCAGAGGAGCUACUGCACAACUUGAAAUGAGUGUUUCAGGCCCUCUCCGAGUGCAACCUCAAACUCUCUGCAGUCCAAGACUUUUAUCAACCCCAAAUCUACUAUGAUGUUUGGCUGGAACCCUCCAAGCCUUCCUCCAUCAAAUUACAGCUCUAGCUUUGUGCAGCAAGCCUGAAACUGUAGGCCAACUUAAAGUCCUUCAUUGGUGCAUACAAAAUGCUAGCUGGCAUUAAACCCCAUUGCUCAGCCUUGCAAGCACCACUUGACACUGUCAUCACAGGUCAUCAGUCUCAUGAGAGGAUCAACUUGUCUGAUGAUCUACUCUUUCACAAUGCCCAGUCAGCCCAUCUGCUCCAUCACUCUACCCUACCUUGAUAGUCAAUUGUGGAUCAUCACAAAUGGAGCUGUCAAAACUCCAGGUAUCACCACCACAAUGUAUAUAAUACGUGACAAUAAGCUACAGCUAACCAGCCUUUCCAGCACCAAACUUUGGAGUUGUCAAGUUACCUGGCUCCCUUGUGAGAUAGAGGCCUUAUCCAUCCUAGCUGCAAUGAAACACUACAGCUCUUACAGUUGAAAACACCAGCCUGCAUUCUCACUAACAAUAAAGCACGUGUGUGGACAUUUGAAAAGCUCUGUCGUGGUGAGUUUCCCUCAGACCCUCGUGUUGCCACCUUCCUUUCCACCAUCACUAGGCGCCAAGCCUCUGUUCAUCAUGUUGCUGGAGCCACUAUCCUACCAUCUGACUUUGCCAGUGGCAAUGCCCGUAUGUGCGACAACUCAACUUGUCAAGUUUGCAGCUUCAUCCAACACACCAAGGAUUUUGUGGUUCUCUCUGCAUCUGUCCAAAGCAUACUGUUAGGAAAGGCUAAACUUCAUUUCACUAGAAAAAGCUGCUUGGCUUGCCCUCCCAGCCGAGUGUCCAGACCUAGAGCACACUUAUGCCCAUUACUCAAGGCACAUGCUCUUCCUAGAUGUUGACUAACAUUCUAACAUUAAAGGUGUUUAAGUUUCCUUCAUUUCACCACAAUUGCUUCCGACACCUUACUCAUUGUUAAAUGUAACGAACCCCUAGUACCUGCCCAUCAGGAGUGCAAGUCCUUGAUAGUCUUUUGCAUGUCUACCUUAGCCACAUAAAUAUAACUAGAUAUAAAUAAUAAAUAAUGAUUUGGAGGUAGCACAUCCACAAAGUGGUUCUUCGAGAACUGAUGGUGGUAACCCAACAAAACUUUUUCAUCCUUGACAUGGACAAAGCCGUUGAUUGCAUCACUUCUAGCUGCCAUCAUUCUGCUUCACCCUGCGUGGUCCCACCUCAGUGGUGCAGCAGUCCCCCAAGCCCCAACCUGAAACUAUGGGUAAUCUCUUUUACUGCCAAAGUCAUUAAAUGACUUACCUUGUUGAAAGCCCAACGCGCUCUAUGACACUCUCCGCAACACACUGAUGAGCGUGUGCAUUGGCAUCCAACCACUGGAUGGCCCUCUUACUGUAAUAUGAACUGACAUUGAUCCUUGUUUCAUGACCCCUGACAGUAGCUCAGUUCUUCACAAGCUAAGAAUUGUUCUCGUAAUCAGCAAAGUCAAGAAUCAAAACAAGAACCCAGUUGCAGAACUUGAACGUGAGCUCUUUCAACAGGAUCCCUAGGGUGGGCCUGUCUCCCCCGUUGUACUUUCCGUUGGAGCCACAACCCUGAAUUCACACUUAUGGAUUGUAAGCUUGUGGGAUGUGGAUACAGCGUGAUCAGUUCUCAGUUGCAAGAUUCCACUAACUGACUAUCAUCUCAUCUCUUAGAUCAGUGUCAAGGAUCUUUUGAUGGCCCAAAAUCGCUGAUCUCCACAAUACCUUGGGGAAUUUGUAGUAUUAGUAUGCCCCCUCAAGACUCAGUCGACCACCCAAGAGAUGGAUAAAAGGGACAGAAAUAGAGACAGUUGUGUCAUUAGUCAUUAUUUGCUGUGUUUUUCAUGCACCUUGGCAAACAGACUCUGUCCUUACUCUUCUCUGGGGCUGUUGUUCAUGUUGUCACUUAUCCGCCAUUUUGUUUGAAUUGUGUUCCGUUGCUUCUACUCACUUUGUUGACUGGCGUAGAUGCAACUGAUAUCGCUCUUUAUGAAUGGCAAAUUUCACUUAAUACUCUAUUUAUUUCUUGUCCUUCAUAAUGUAACAACUAGGGUAGACACAGUACAAUCUCAUCCUUUGGCUCAGGCUUUGGUCUUGGAAAAAAUACCUUGCAAAGCAUGUCCGUCAUGUUUUACUCGACUUUGAAAAAGAGACCACCAUGUGAAGUAAUUCUCUUGGAGCUCUUCUUUCCAGAGUAACUUCAUUUUUUUCACCUUUCCAGAUCAGUGUUUGUAGACAGAUUUGAUGAAGUGACGCACAUUGUGUAUGGACAGAAGGAUUUCUGGGAGGUACUGUGGCUCAUUUUUUUUCAUUAUUUCAGAUCAGUAAUGAUUGACAGAUUUGAAAAGGUUUUACACAUCCAUUAUGGUAAGGUGGAAUAUUGGAAGGUAAUAUGUCUUCAAACAAUCAUCAAGCUAAGAUCAAAUGAUUUGGGCAGUUUGACACAUUAUAGCCAGGCAGUGAACAGAUUACAGCUUGACUAUGAGCUUCAAGGGGCAAUUUGGACAAAAUUUCCAGGAGUGAAUGGGUUUAGAACACCAAAAUGCUGUAGAUUUCAAGAGCAAAAACUGAGCAACCGAUAGACUUACAGAGGGACUACAGUGCUGUAACACGGGCUACCUAGGAAAAGUUAACCAAUAAUUGGUUAUUGUAUUACACAUGAGUAACAAUACAUUCCAAGAAAGUUGGUUGUGGGCCAAUCACAAGCUCAUAAGAGAAACAAGUUACUAGAAGCUCAAAAUUUAAAUAUUGAUAAUAAAUUGUUCCAAAAUAGCAUUAAAAUAUUUUUAUCUGAAACUUUAUAUACCACGCCCAGGAAAUAUAUUUUUGACAGAAAAUGUUAUUUUGUCGUCUGCUAGCAAUUUCGUGGCAAACAUUGCCACACAUUGAAGUAACAUAUUACCUAAAGUCAAAAAUAUAAGUGAUGUUUACAAUUUUCACCUCUGUCAAUCAUUCUAACAGACCUCUUAGGAAACGAAGGCUUUCUUCAGUGGGUUCAAAAGGUCAUGUUUGCAGGUUGUAAUAAUUUGGUUGAUUUCGAUCCAUAUUGUCUUAAGCUCUGAUAAUAGGCAGCCUUAGCAAUGAUGACAGCGAUUGCAGGAAAAACAUCACUUUUAAAAUCAGUUUUCACUUUUUCAAAAAUGUGAUUUAGAUAACAUUCUAACUUGCUUAAAAUUUCAUAUGUAGGUGAAAUCUCCUGGACUUAGACCCUUGGGGACAACACCCACGUUUAAUAACAGAGAAUUACUUGGCAUUUGGUUAUGUCGUCCAUAAAAUUAAUUUAUAUCAAAUAUGGAAAUUUCAUGUUGUUUUGCAGUAUCAAAACGUGUAGUCAAAAAAUAGUGUUCAACUAAUCGCUUUUUUGUUUGUUUUUGUUGCUGUUGCCAUGGUUGUUGUUUAAGCUUUCUAAUGUCUAAUGUUGAAAGGGAGCUGAGUUGACAAUGACUCUUAUCAGUACUUGUCUUAAACGUAGGCAAGAAGAAGCCAAGUAUUUGCCAAGCACCUGACAGCAGAAGGAGACACAUUCCGUAAAGAGAUACUGAAAUCAGAGGACAACAAAGAUGGCACUGUCAUGUAUGAAGACUGGACAAAAAACCACAAAAAGGAGGGUAGUGCUACGGGUGGCCCAUACCUGGCUGUUCACCUGAGAAGAACUGAUUUUCUUUAUGCACAUCCUGAUGGUGUACCAUCAUUAGAUAACGCUAUCAAACAGAUCAAGGAGAUUCUAGAUAAACAAAAGCUUGACAAGGUGUUUCUUGCUACUGAUGCUGAUAAAGAAGGUGAGAUGCAAAAUAUUGUUUAAAAAUAAUAAUACUUGUUGCUUGGUACAUAGCCUGAGAAAACCGCCGACAUGUAAUUUCGCAACGCCACCACUGGUUUUUGCGGCAAAUUGACGUCUGCAAAAUGAGUGCUGAAUUACCAUAGUGAUACUACCUAAAUCAGGGUAGUGCUUCUGAUUGGCUGAUGCAAAUUUCCCAUGCAGCAUGACCAAUCAGAAGCACUGCCCAGAUCUUCAUCAGUAUGGAAUUUUUGUGGUCUUUCUGUAGACGUCAUUUUCCAGGGAAACCGGUGGUGGUGUCGCAAAAUGUCGGCUGUUUUCUCAGGUUACUGGGUAUAUGAAUUUAGUGGGCUAGGCAGAAAAUUGAACAGAAGUGGAAUUUCUUUUGGUUAUAUUUUUCUUUUAUUUCCAGUGAAAAUCCCUUUGGGUUAUGCUCACAGAAGCUGGGGAAAUCCUGACCCCCAGCCGUCAGUGACAGCUUUGUUUGAAUAGAUAUGGAACUGUUCCUAGAACCUAGGGAAAUACCCAUCAUAGGUUCGAGAACCAGCAACAAGCUUAACACUGUCAAAGACCUUGACAUUUGAUACCACUGAUGAUUUAUCUCAGUUACCGGUAAAUAGUCUUACAAAGAACUGCUGAGGAUUGUAUACUAAUUAACACUUCAGUGCAAGGACAGGGGCGACCCGAAAGCACUGACCCCCAGUCCAUGGACCCCCCUAUGGAACUGGUCCAUAGACCUUGCCUACAGACCGGUCCACAGACCCCCCCUGUGGACCCCCCUUUACGGCCCCCCCUAAUAAGACGCAAUAAAAAUGACAAUUAGAGAUUUGACUUACCAUUUGUAUUUUGUUUCACGGUGGCGAAAGUUUGACUGUUACACUGCGCAAAUAUUGCUGUCGCGAUGAAAGGAGGACCUGCAUACUUCGAAAAAGACCGAUAACUUAGCUAAGUUGUGUAUAUCCUUGUGUAUUCGGUGCAACCAAUUGCCUCCGCCAUGACUAGUCCCGGCCUUCACAAAAUAGUGCUCCUUCCACAAAGAAAGAUGUCGAUGUCCAUUAGAGACUAAGCUAGGUAGUACUUUGUCCAACUCAAUGCUUUAAUGGUGAUGUCCACUUAACAGUUGGCUACUUAGUUGCCAAGCCUUUGAAUAGGAGUGAGGCUGAGGGUGACCUGGUUAUACGAAAAUUGCUACCUUUGAUCCUGUCUGCGGUAUUUUCCUUCCUCUAUCAAUCAUAACAAAGUCGCCCUGCUGAAAGAUUUGGCAACUAAACACAUAACUGUCAAAUAAAGUAAAGGGCAUCACGAUCUCUAAUGGACAUCGACAUCUUUCUUUGUCGAAGGAGCACUAUUUUGUGAAGCCUGGGAUGAGUCAAUAAUAUCUAAUUGUCAUUUUUAUUGUUUCUUUUUAUGGGGGGUCAGGCUUUCUUUUUCCAGAUGCUCUUAAGCUGCAUAUUAAAAAACUGUGAUAGUCUUCUCUGCAUUUAUUUCUUUAUCCCACAGUUCAAAUACAUGAAAUUAAUAUAUUCAUCUCCAUCUUCCCCGGGUAUAUUACAAUUGACCAGCCCCCAGUUGGCUUGCUAUCUCAAUAUUGCUGAGAGCGCUGCACUGGUAUCACAGACAUUCAGGCUUUCUUUUCGCAACUGCAUGCAUAAGCUGCGUAUUUAACUGUGAUGAUCUUCUCUGCAUUUAUUUCUUCAUCCCACAUUUGAAAUAUAUGAAAUUAAUAUAUUCAUCAUUUAAUAACUGAGUUUCUUUACAUUUUUGUAGUUACCCCAAUAUUGAAACUACUGUCAACUCCGCACAUUAGUUUUCUUCAGACUGAUUUUUCUCAACAUGUUCUUUUCAUUUGUUUGUUCUUUAACCAAUGUCCAACAGUUGUGAAUCAUGAAUAAUUCCGAACGUAUAAUGAACGUAUGCCGGAUUAUUGCCUCACAAGGGGCAUGUAACUCUGAGUAGCAAUAAGUGUUCAAGAUUUAAUGCAGUUCCAUCAGUCUACUUAUAACAGUACUAUAUUGUUUUAUAAUUUCUUUUCCCAUUUCAGAAAUAGAUUAUCUGAAGAACAAACUUCCUUUGGUCAAGUAUGAUGCUCCAAAAAAGAUUUUACAAAAAUAUGGAGAUGGAGGGGUAGCUAUCAUUGAUCAGUGGAUUUGUGCUCAUGCAAAGUAUUUUGUCGGGACGUGUUGGUCAACAUUUUCUUUUUCUAUUCUUGAAGAAAGAGACAUACUAGGUUUCCAUGGUGACCAAACCUUUAAUUGUCUCUGUGGUGAUAAGGAGCUUGGAAAAUGUGAACAACCAUUCGAAUGCAGAGUAGUUUACUAAGUUAUCAUUUGUAUUUAUUGCAUGUCUAAUAUGCAUUUAUUAAUUUUUAUUACUUGCUUCUGUAGGAAGUUUAAGUUAUGUUUAGGUAGGUUUCAAUAAUUCAACUGGAGGCAUUUUAAGAAAAAUAUGAUGUUAUGAAUUCAAUGUCACUCAAUGUGUACUUAAUUUAAAAUAGAGAGAGGUGACUGAUCUUGAUAUUCAACUCAUGUAGUGGUAAGACAAUAUUUGCCAGUUUUAUAAUAUGAGAUGUGCGGUAGGAAAAC